AUGACUGUGUGGAUGACUGUGUGGAUGACUGUCUGGAUGACUGUGUGGAUGACUGUGUGGAUGAUUUUGUGUAUGAGUGUGUGUAUGACUGUGUGGAUGACUGUCUGGAUGACUGUGUGGAUGACUGUGUGGAUGACUGUGUGGAUGACUGUCUGGAUGACUGUGUGGAUGAUUGUGUGGAUGACUGUGUGGAUGACUGUCUGGAUGACUGUGGAUGACUGUGUGGAUGACUGUCUGGACGACUGUCUGGACGACUGUCUGGAUGACUGUCUGGAUGACUGUGUGGAUGACUGUGUGGAUGAUUGUGUGGAUGACUGUUUGGAUGACUGUCUGGAUAACUUGUGGAUGACUGUCUGGAUGAUUGUGUGGAUGACUGUGUGGAUGACUGUCUGGAUGACUAUGUUGAUGACUGUCUGGAUGACUAUGUGGAUGAUUGUGUGGGUGACUGUCUGGAUGACUGUGUGGACGACUGUGUGGAUGACUGUGUGGAUGACUGUGUGGAUGACUGUGUGGAUGACUGUGUGGUUGACUGUCUGGAUGACUGUGUGGAUGACUGUCUGGAUGACUGUGUGGAUGACUGUCUGGAUGACUGUGUGGAUGACUGUCUGGAUGACUGUGUGGAUGACUGUGUGGAUGACUGUUUGGAUGACUGUCUGGAUGACUGUGUGGAUGACUGUGUGGAUGACUGUCUGCAUGACUGUGUGGAUGACUGUGUGGAUGACUGUCUGGAUGACUGUCUGGAUGACUGUGUGGAUGACUGUGUUGAUGACUGUGUGGAUGACUGUCUGGAUGACUGUGUGGAUGACUGUGUGGAUGACUGUCUGGAUGACUUGUGGAUGA